AUGAAGAAAUCAAUCACCACACGUAAAUCUCCUCGGGCCCGCAACUUUAUCCUGCUCCUCAUAUGCUGCAUUGCAUGCUUUUCCCUCGCUGGGGCAGCUGCAUCAACAAGUCCACCAAAUAGCCCCGUUAUCGGUAUUGAUUUAGGCACCACCUACAGCUGUGUCGGAGUCUACAAAAAUGGAGCAGUUGAGAUACUUCAAAACGAGCAGGGAAAUAGAAUCACGCCUUCGUAUGUCGCCUUCACUGAGAAUGGAGAACGGCUUGUUGGCGACUCUGCAAAAAACCAGGCGACCAUCAAUCCAGGAAACACAAUCUUUGACGUGAAACGUUUGAUCGGCCGCAAGUAUUCGGAUGCAUCCGUGCAAAGUGACAAGAAGUUGGUCCCGUACAACAUCAUUUCUGACCAGCGCGACAAGCCCUUGAUCCAAAUCAUCCAUGGAAACGAGACUAUGACGUUUACUCCUGAAGAAGUGUCCGCAAUGGUCUUACAGAAAAUGAAGUUCACUGCGGAAUCCUUCCUUGGCCAAGAGAUUCAGAAUGCCGUGGUUACGGUCCCAGCUUAUUUUACCGACGCACAGAGACAAGCCACCAAGGAUGCCGGAACCAUUGCAAACUUGAAAGUGGACCGCAUCAUGAACGAACCAACGGCUGCAGCGCUCGCCUAUGGGAUUGAUAAAAUGGAUGGAGAGGCAACUGUGCUUGUGUUUGAUCUUGGAGGCGGGACCUUUGACGUGUCAUUGCUAACGAUGGAUGCAGGAGUGUUUGAGGUGGGCAGAACAAGUGGCGACACUCAUUUGGGAGGAGAAGACUUUGAUCAACGUGUCAUGCAGUAUUUUAUCAAGCUGAUGGAGAAAAAGAGCAAUGUUGACAUCUCUGACAACAAGCUAGCGCUUCAGAAGCUACGAAAAGAGGUAGAGAGAGUGAAAAGGGCUCUUUCCUCGCAACAACAAGCCCGCUUGGAGAUCGAUGACCUUGCCAACGGCUAUGACUUCAGCGAGACUUUGACUAGGGCUCGCUUUGAAGAGCUAAACCAUGACCUUUUCAAGAAAACACUAGCUCCGGUGAAGCAAGUGCUCGAAGAGACCGGCACGUCCAAGGCUGAAGUCGAUGCUGUGGUCCUUGUUGGAGGAUCCACACGUAUUCCAAAGAUUCAACAGAUGCUAAGUGACUUCUUUGAUGGGAAAGAAUUGUCGAAAGGAGUCAAUCCAGACGAAGCAGUAGCGUACGGUGCUGCCGUCCAGGGUGCCAUCUUGUCUGGAGCCGACGCAUUCAACGACAUCAUCUUGAUUGAUGCCACGCCUCUAUCCCAAGGCAUCGAGACUGUUGGGGGUGUUAUGACAAAUAUCAUCAAAAAGGGAACCACGAUUCCAGUUAAGAAAUCUCAGACCUUCUCUACAAGUCAGGAAAACCAAGCCAAUGUGUUGAUCCAAGUAUUCGAAGGUGAACGGGCGAUGACAAAGGACAACCACCUUUUGGGAAGGUUUGAGCUGACUGGAAUUCCACCUGCCCCUCGAGGAGUUCCUCAGAUAGAAGUGACCUUUGAAGUGGACGCCGAUGGCAUCCUUCAAGUAGCAGCUCUGGACAAGGGUACUGGCAAGUCGGAAAAGAUUACCAUUACAGCAGAAAAAGGGAGACUGUCACAGGAAGAGAUUGACGCCAUGAUCAAAGACGCUGAAGAAUACGCAGAAGAAGAUCGAAAGCUAAGGGCAAAAAUUGACGCGCGAAAUGGUUUGGAAAGCCAUCUCUACAGCCUGAAAAAUGCUGUAGAAGAAACAGACGGGCAUCUUUCCAGCGUGGACAAGAAGGAUUUGACAGACUUGAUUGACGAAACCUUGGAUUGGAUGGAGGAGAAUCCUGAGGCUGAAAAAGAUGAAAUAGACGGCAAGCUCAAGGAGUUAGAGGCGAUUGCGAAUCCAAUCAUGAGGGACCUCUAUAACGAAGGCGGCACGAGCAUGAACAAAGAAGACGAGUUUGAUGAGGAAGAUUUGUAG